AUGUUUGAUGCUAAGCCUGCUUCUGUGCCUUUAGCUGCUCAUUUUAUGUUGAGUAAAGAUUUGUGCCCUAAGUCUCAGUCUGAAAUUGAUGCUAUGAAAAGAAUUCCCUAUGCAAAUGCUAUUGGAUCUGUUAUGUACUUGAUGGUUAGCACUAGGCCUGAUAUUGCCUAUGCUGUGUCUUGUCUUAGUAGAUAUAUGUCUAAUCCAGGUCCUGUUCAUUGGGAAGCUCUGAAAUGGCUUCUUAGAUACUUGAAGCAAAAUGCUAAGUAUGGUUUGUGCUAUUCUAAAUGUGAUGAUGGUGUUUUACUAACUGGUUUUGUGGAUUCCAACUAUGCUAAUGACAGAGAUAAGAGGAAGUCAACCACCUCCUAUGUAUUUUCAGUGUGUAGGUCUUGCAUAAGCUGGAAAUCACAGCUGCAGCACAUUGUGGCUUUGUCCACCACUGAGUCAGAGUAUAUUGCUAUCACUGAGGCAAUGAAAGAGGCUGUAUGGUUAAAGGGAGUACUUUCUGAACUCAAGUUUGUGAAAUCCUCUCCUGUGUUGUUCUCUGAUUCUCAAUCUGCUAUUCAGUUAUGUAAAAAUCCUGUUUUUCAUGAUAGAACAAAGCAUAUAGAUGUAAGGUUUCAUUACAUUAGGGAUGUUGUAGAAAAGGGUGAAGUGUUUCUUCAAAAGGUGCAUACUGAUAAAAACCCAGCUGACAUGGAAACUAAACCCUUACCUUUGGAAAAACUUCUUUUCUGCAUUAAGUACUUGCAUUUUGAUCUAGGUUAG